AUGGAAACAGAAAAAGAAAGAAACAAUAUUUUGGAUGAAUCAACCUUGCCAUUGUUGUUCGGUGAUAUCGCAGAUGAAGAAGCUGGCCCAGUUGGGCAGGGUUCUGACGUGCAUACGUGCUGUCAAAUGACUUCGUCGCAUGUUGGGCUGAUUUACGCGUUUAUUUCGUGUAUAUUUUUUGCCGGGAGUAUUGCUGGAGCUAAACUGAUCACUACCGUCCAUCCAUUUGGCAUCUAUCUAGUUAGAAUGGCGGUACUAAACAUCUGCAUCACACCAGCCAUUGUAUAUAACAAGGUGCCGUUACUUGUGUACAAUAGUUCCCAAUAUGCCUGGUUGAUAUUACGCGGUAUCUGUGGUUGCUUGGGUACAACCUGUAUAUUCACAGCGGUGCGUUUAAUGCCUGUAGGAGAUGCUGUUGUCAUAUUUUUUAGCAUACCUGUCUGCACGGCCUUCUUAAGUUGCGUUUGUUUGAAAGAAUUGAUUACAUUAGUCGACAUUUUUUUCGCCCUGCUAAGUGUGGCAGGCGUGGUAGUUAUUUCUAAACCAUCGUUUUUGUUUACAGAAUCAGAUGCCGAUGUGAAGACAGUCGAGCAGUAUAUCUACAAGCCAGCACUAGGAGCUAUAUUUGCAUUAGUGGGAGCAUUGUUUAUCUCAAUGGUGCUCAUUUCAAGCCGGAAACUCGGUAAAAAUGUGAAUCACCUGACAAUUAUUUUUUACUUCUCCGCUGUAGGCAUGGUUACAACCACAGUUUUUCUCUACGCAUUAGGACAAUUCGCCAUUCCAUUCCACAAAAUGGACUGGAUUUAUUUGAUAUUCGUUGGACUUUGUGGUGUAGGCGGGCAAAUACUUCUGACAAAAGCCUUACAAAUCGAAAAAGCAGUUUAUGUGGCGAUCAUUAGAACAAUGGAUAUUGUAUUUGCUUAUUUAUUUCAAUACUUUUGGUUUGGUCGGAAACCAGACUGGACUACUCUAGGUGGCGCUGUUCUGGUAAUUGCGUCAUCUGUAGGCAUUACAUUGAAAAAGUUGUUUCAUGAAAAUGACCGUUAA